AUCUUGAAGAUUUUGAUAAAUAUUUAAUUAUUUUAGGAGCAAUAACACUUGCAGAACAAAAACCAGAAAACUUUGAAUAUAGAUAUUGGCUGAAUGAUUUAAUACAAAAACAGUUGCGAAGUGGAUUAGAAUUAACACCAGAGUAUAACUUGAGAAAUUUUAAAGCAAUUCGACUAACUUUAGAAAAAACUGAAGACGUCAAAAAGGAAAUAAAUCAAAAGCUACAAGAAAUAAAACAAAAAUAUUACCCAGAACAAUUGGAAAG